AUUUGGAUGGCCAAAAGGUGGAUUUCCACAUCCACAAGGUCCAUACUAUUGUGGUGUUGGCGCAUGUCAAGCUCUUGGUCGUGAUAUUGUUGAAGCACAUUACAAAGCAUGUUUAUAUGCUGGAAUUAAUGUUAGUGGUACUAAUGCUGAAUCAAUGCCGGCUCAAUGGGAAUAUCAAGUUGGUCCAUGUGAAGGAGUCCAAGCUAGUGAUCAGCUAUGGGUAUCACGAUAUCUUUUGCUGCGUAUUGCUGAAGAAUUUGGUGUUGAAGUAAGUUUUGAUCCAAAACCAAUGGGAGGCGAUUGGAAUGGUGCUGGAUGUCAUGCUAAUUUUUCAACUAAAAUAAUGCGUGAACCUGGUGGUAUUGAGGCUAUUAAUGAUGCAAUCAAAUUGCUUAAAGCACGUCAUACUACACACAUUCAACGGUAUGGCAAACAUAAUGAACGACGAUUAACUGGACGACAUGAAACAGCUAAUAUUAAUCAAUUUAAUGUUGGUAUUGGUAAUCGAUGUACAUCAAUUCGAAUUCCUCGUCAAGUUGAUGAUGAGAAAUGUGGCUAUUUAGAAGAUCGUCGUCCAGCAUCAAACUGUGAUCCAUAUGAUGUUACGGAUAUUAUUGUUCGUACUAUAUGUCUCGGUGAAAAAGACUCAACUGCAAUAGUACAUGAAUCUGGAGAAAGAGUUUCAAACGGUGACGUUAAUGAAUGA